UUAAGGGAUGAUGACAGGAUAGCUUCCCAUUUGUAUAACGGCAUUUAUUAUUGACCGAUCAWUAGGAGGCACUACAGUCGAUAUAUUGACUUAUUGUUAGUUGCGAUCCUCUUUGAAGCACAUUAGGGGCACAGUAACCGACAAAACCUACAAUUAACAAGGAACUAAACGUCGAUCAAAUGUCAAGAGGUGCUUCUUAUUGAUAGUCUUUAUUAUAUGGGCAUGAUAUAUAUAGCUCAUUACGUCAUUACAAAAGAAUGAAUUAAAACAUGGUGUGCCAUAAAACAAGCGAUAAAUGUAAGUUCGAAAGUCAGUGAUAUUAGAAAGCAGAAACCUUCGAAAGGGAACAGUCAUCUACUUUGAAAACUUUGAAAACCAUGUUCUGGUCUGGAAAGCCUCAUAGUGGUCGCAAGCGUUUUCCAAACUGGCUUCGAAAUCAAAUCAACAGUGGUUUGGUGCCAGGUCUGUACUGGGUGGACGAGAACACUUUCAGAGUGCCGUGGACAAGAGUUGACAGUCCAGACUUUGAUUUAGAGAAAGAUGCAAAGGUGUUUCAGCUGUGGGCUGAGUUUACUGGUAGGUAUAAACCAGGUGAACGAACAGACCCUUCCGUCUGGAAAACACGCUUCMGRUGCGCAAUCMGAAAAAUGGCCGAAAUCGAAGAGAUCACUGUGGCAAACAAUUUAGAAGAAAAGAAUGGCCAGCAGCCGUACAGGGUAUUCAGGUUUAAGCAGGAUCCUUGUGUCACUAAACGUAAACAAGUUAAACGACUACAAAAAAAUGCCACAAACCAAAGCAACAAAGCUAAAACUAAACAUCAAAAGAAGACCUCGGGCACUGGUAUAUUUUGUGGUAUGAACCAUUAUGCAGGGCCUAGUAGAACCAAACAGGACAGCAUUCAAAAAGGAAUAGUUAACCAAGGUGUGACAUUUGAUAGAUGUGCGUUACAAACGAAUUUGAGCUCGCAACAUUUUGUGGCUAGUGAUACAGYUCAUCAAUCACUGGAAACAAGUGCUAAUCAAGAAAGACCCUGGCCGGUUGUCAGUGGACCCUCAUAUCACCAAAUCACAGAUCUCUCCCUUACUCAUCUCUUACCAGUCAACUCAAGAAAUUACGUCACCUUCGAAGCACGUCAAUACGGCUACUGCAAUACUGCACAUGCGCAGUCGUCCUUCCCACAGCUUUCUCUGGAAGACGUGAACAGGGAGCUUAAGUCCUGUGACGUACCGUCUCAAAGAGAAACACUAGCGACGUCUUAUGGUGAUGACGCAGAGCAUCAGCAGACUUCCAUGGCAACAGCUAUCGCUAAUGAUUGUGUUAAUGAAGUUUCUAUGGCAACAUAUCUUGGAUUUGARAGUAGCGACAGUCAAGAUGGUUURGAUGACUUCAUCGAGGAAUACUCCAGUUUCGAAUUCUCUUUUGUGCAAGCUUAGCUUCUUCAAUCAUGCAUAAAGGUUUCUUGUUUCCGGCUGUACACAGUGUUUGCGUUACAAUAGAAUCGAUUCUCUGCUGAAUAAAAGAAUAUAUCAUAUAUGCAUUCGAGGUUAAGACUGCAAUAGUAAGAUCUCGAAACUGGACUAUUCGAAAUGCGUGAUAUUUCAGGAAGCCCGACACAAAAAUCAAUYAAUGAUCAAUUAAUCCGCUACCUGUUUGCAAAUCAAGCUGUAAAUAGUAAUCAAUAAAGUGUAUAGAGUAUUCCAGAACAUUUUAGUAAAGUGACUUAGCUGACAAACAAGAAAGCAGGAUGAAAGCUUUCACAGUCCGUUUUUGGUGUUAUUAAACUACUCGUUUAUAAAAUCAUUGGACCAUCACUCCAGCAAAAUUUCAAAUGAUUUUUCCCCCUAGUCCCCUAAAUACAAUUUUAUCAUUGAGCAUGUUUUCAUACACAAAAAAAAAAAACAAGACCCAUUGAUGGAAAGGGGCUCAUAACAAUAAUGAAAUUGAGAUAAAA